AUGGGUAGUGUAGUGGCUAACAUGCCAUUACUGGCUGGCCGAGGUCCACCAACAGUUGUGGUGCAUGGACAAAUGUAUCGCCAAAUUGGCUCUUUGCUUUUCGGUGAUAAUUCAUCUCCACGGUUUGCGCAAUACUAUAUUUUGGAUCCAGAUGAAGCGGCUGAUAAUCGUUUAGAAGCUUUUAGUUGUGAUAGAGACGUAAUGGUUUAUCUUUCAUCUCUUUUUUUAAGAAAAAACGUGUUAGCUCAAUCAUACAGAAUGAUGGGUGAUGUGAUGAAAGAGGAGAAAGACGCGGCAGCUAGAGAGGGAAGGAUUAUGCCAGAAAUUAGGAUGUUUUUUGUUACUUCAAAAGAUAUGGAUUUAAGAAGGUACAACGAGCCAACAGUGAACGAAGUAGCAAUUGUUUAUGUUGUGAAUGAUGAAGCUGAAACCCCUCCAACCCGGUUCAUAACCGUAUACGGUAUUGGACAAGGCCUUCAGACAAUCAGUGAAAUUAAUGCUCUAUGUGAUCCUUUGACGUAUCCACUUAUUCAUCCCACUGGAAGGAAAGGAUGGGAACCUGAAAUGAUUGCAAACACCACAUCGGUCAGUACUGCUCGUGUGACCCAACGAGAGUACUAUGCCUAUCUAUUAUUUACUAGACAUUCUUUUAACGCGAUUCAUUUAUGCCGACGACUUUUCCAACAAUAUAUAAUUGAUGCUUAUUUGAAAAUUAAAGGUUCUCGUUUAAGAUUUCAUCGGAGAAAUCAAGAUCAAUAUAGGAUGGAAACGGUCAGUGGACUAACAGAAUUUUUAGAUAACACUAAUGGAGAUGAUACUAUUUGA